AUGAAUCCGUUUAGAUUCUUGGGGGAUCUGUCCCACUUAGCAAGCAUACUCAUUCUUAUUCAUACCAUCAGAACAUCAAAUUCAAUUGAAGGGAUGUCAUUGAAGACACAAGCAUUAUAUGUUUUGGUCUUCCUAAGUCGUUACAUGGAUUUAUUGGUACUGCAUUGGGUUUCUUUGUACAUUUUUGUCAUGAAAAUCUUCUUCAUAGCAUCAUCAAUAUAUAUACUUCAACUAUUGCAAAGAACGAAGACAACGAACCGCAUUGCCUACAAAGAGAUGCUUUUGAGGGAUAAUUUUAACAUAAGAUACCUACUUAUUCCAUGUGUGAUACUGGCACUUGUCUUCAACAGAGAAUUCACCAUCAUUGAAAUAUUCUGGAGUUUUUCUGUGUGGCUUGAAAGCGUGGCCAUUUUACCACAAUUGUUCAUGCUAUCAAAAUCUGGAAAGGCAAAGUCUUUAACCAUUCAUUAUAUUUUUGCGUUGGGUCUUUAUAGAACGCUUUACAUUCCUAAUUGGGUUUGGAGAUACUUUGCAGAAUCAAAAUUUGAUAAACUGGCUUUCUUAACAGGUGUGAUACAGACACUGGUUUACUCAGAUUUCUUUUAUAUCUACUAUCAAAAAGUCAUCAAACGCAAGGGAGCAGAUUUACUGCACUAA